GAGCCGAGCCGGAGCAGCUCCGCACUUUCGCCACGGGGAAAGACAAUAGACGGCCGCUCCUCCAGUGGCGGCAGCAGUGGCUGAAGAGACGGCGAAGAGGAACCAACAUGGUGGUCUCGGCAGAGCCCAGACUAAAGAGCCUUACGUAUUUGAGUAUAAAUUAUAACCGGCUAGCCAGCAUUCCCAUAGAACUUUGUUUCCUUGAAGAUCUUUCUGAACUUCAGCUUAACUACAAUCAGCUCAUUUGCAUACCUGAAGAGAUUAAGUUCUUGAAGAAGCUCAAGACACUUUUUCUGGUCAGGAACAACAUUGAAGUUUUGCCAGAGGGACUUUGUAAUCUUAAAAAACUGAGAAUGCUAGACAUAGCUGGCAAUAUUAUUCAGAUAUUUCCACCAAGAUUUCAGAAUCUGAAGCUGAGGGAAUUCUACUGUGAGGGAAACCCGCUGUUUUUGAAGCGACCAGUUAUCGCUAUACAACAGGAAGAUGUCUGGAGUCUAAAGGAAAUAGCAUCAAGAUUUGUAAUGAAUCAACUAGAAGAAAAGAAUCCAUUCCUAAUGCAUGCCAUAGAACGGUACCCACAAGUCAGGAACAUAAUCUCUCAGGGAAAAAAAUGUGUAAUAUGUGGAAAGUCCUUUUGCACCAUGUGGCUGGAAUGUGUUCAAUUUGUUCCUCCAUCGAAGAACUGGCUGGUCAGCAGAAAUCUAGAGCUGGUACCUCUCCGAACAUUAAUUUGUUCUUACAAAUGUUUUAAUCGGCGUGGCCCUAACGUCUUUGGAAUUGCUGAAGUGUAGCACCGUUGAGAUGCUGGUUCAGAGCCUCACUCAACUUGCCCUGGGAGCUCUGCACACACAGUCACAUUAUGCCCUGCUUACGAUCCCAUGCUGUGUCUGUUCUCUU